UCGGAACAACUACGGACAAUCAUUCUCUAGCAUCCUUGGCUUGCUCUUCCCGAGUCCCAUCCAAUGCCCAACGCUCCUCGAAACCAAUGUCCCUAAACGUUCCGGGAUUUCAUAAUCCGAUUUUGUGGUAAAGUUCUGAACUAGUCAUAGCCCUGCUCUGCUCCGCCACGCGCCUUUGAACGUCUCGACGAUGGGCAAAAACAUGGAGUUUCAGGACGCUGUGAGUUUCGUGGUCCACGGAUCCAUACAGAAGAAUCGGGUUUCUCACAAGGCAACAGAACCAGAGAAAUUUAACGACGCCGUCACCCCCGGCCGGAAAUGGAAGAUCUUCUACAGGUCGUCGUCGACCUUCCCUUCCAAGCAUUCAAAACAUGAAAAGAAACAGGCCCCGGAGGAAUUUCUCUGUCCUAUCUCGGGGUCUCUUAUGGCAGACCCCGUCAUCAUCUCCUCUGGCCAUACUUUCGAACGAGUCUCUGUUCAAGCUUGUAAAAAUUUAAAUUUCACACCACUGCUCUCCGAUGGCUCCACUCCUGAUUUUUCUACUGUAAUUCCCAACCUUGCCCUCAAAUCUGCCAUUGCUAAAUGGUGUCAGGACUCCGCCAACCUCCCUCCCGAGCCGCCUGAUGUCUCUUCUUCUGAGAGGUUCGUGCAUGGACUAAUGAUGAAGACCCGGAAGACAGAUUCAAGUGUCCAGAACAAAAUAGAGGCGCAGAAGGCAGUAAUCACAGAGGAAGAGCUGAUUCAAGGAAUGAAGGACCCAAGAGUGAACUUUAAUCACGCUGCGACUGAGGUCACUCGACGGCCAGCACACCCGUACUGGAACUCAGAGGAAUCGGCGGCUUCCUCUCCUGCAUCUCCGCCAAUGCAACUUUCAAGUCGACCGAGCUGCUACUCCUCUGCUUCAUCCUCAGAAAUCGAAAUCAUAAUUCCUAGCUCACACGAAGAAGAGGAAACCUUGGCGAAGUUGAAGAGCUCGCAAGUGUCCGAGAUCGAAGAAGCCAUUAUUUCACUCAGAAAGCUCACGAAAACCAGAGAGGAUACGAGGGCCUAUCUCUGCAGUCCUCGUUUACUCUCCGUCCUUCGAUCCUUAAUCGUGUCCAAGCACACUAAUAUUCAGGUGAACGCGGUGGCAGCUCUGGUGAACCUCUCACUGGAGAAAGUGAACAAAGUAAAGAUACUCCGGUCCGGAAUCGUUCCUCCAUUGAUUGACGUAUUGAAGGGCGGAUCCCCCGAGGUGCAGGAACACGCUUCCGGUGCACUCUUCAGCCUGGCCAUUCACGACGAUAACAAGACUGCAAUCGGCGUGCUGGGCGCUCUGCCGCCGCUGCUCCACUUGCUUCAAUCCGAGAACGAGCGAACGCGGAAUGACUCGGCGCUCGCGCUCUACCACCUUUCCCUCGUACAGAGCAACCGGACCAAGAUGGUAAAAAUCGGGUCGGUGCCGAUCCUGAUGAGCAUGUUAAAGUCGGGUAAAAUGAGGGGUCACGUGCUGCUCAUACUAUGCAACUUAGCGUCUUGCGGGGAUGGGCGGGCGGCAAUGUUGGAUGCGCAGGCGGUGGAGUGCUUGGCGGGGUUGUUGAGCAGUGGCGACUUGGGUUCCGGGUCGACCCGGGAGAGCUGCGUGGCGGUGUUGUAUGCAUUGAGUCAGGGCGGAUUGAGGUUUAAAGCGGUGGGGACGGCGGCGGGGGUCGUGGAGGUGUUGAAGAAGGUGGAGAAGGUGGGAACCGAGAGGGCUAGAGAGAAGGUGAAAAGGAUAUUGGAGACAAUGAGAGUGCAGGAGGAAGCCGAAGAGGACGAUGUCGACUGGGAGGCGCUUCUUGACUCGGGGUUGAGUAGUCUGAGUCGGACCCGUUGCUUGUCGGGCGAGUGAACUGGUAACUAGGCCGAGUCAUGAGUACAGUCUUAGUUUUUUUUUUUCUUGUCCUUUUUAUUUGUUCACUGUAAAUUGUUUGUUUUUGCUGGCUCACUUGCCGGGGGCCGGGGGCCUUCUUUCUGCGUUUUCUUUUUCUCCUCAUAUUACAUACGGGAGAAAAAUAAGUUGAUUCUCCCAAAAAAAAUUAUAGACUCAGUUCAUGCACUUUAUUCAAA